ACAGUUUGUUUUGUUAUAGUUACUUCUGAUAUCAACUCUUCAAGAUCUACGAAUGUUAUUAAAAAACAAAAACAAUAAAUACAGAUUCUUAACGUAAAUAUGUUUUGUAAACGGCAACAGAAUGCCUAAUAGUAAGGAGAGGCGUAUGCGACUUCUUCAAGAUGAUCAGCAUCUUACUGACUGUGAAUUUCUUGUCGGGGAUUCACCAGAUAAAGAACCACAACGCUUUCGCUGCCAUAAAAUGAUUUUAGCUUCUGCCUCUGAAGUUUUCGAACGAAUGUUUUACAGUGAGUUUAAUGUUGAUGGACCAGUACGUAUAACAGAGGUAGAUGGCAAAAGUUUUGAACGCUUCUUACGCUAUGUUUAUAUAUAUGAAAUAGAAACAGAAGAAUUUCUAUCGCUGAAAGAGUUAGGUGAAUUAUUGUAUUUAGCAGACAAGUACAUGAUGCAAGAUUUAACCGAUGAAUUAGUAAAACAUUUGAAACAUAAACACAAUUGGGCUAUAAGAGAUGUGUGGCCAAUGUUUGAUUUGGCAUGCCUUCAUGAAAACUUACCAUUAUUAUUGUUAUGUUAUGAGGAAAUAACAAAAUACGUCGAGACGCUGUUAUCUGUCGACUCCUUCUAUGAACUGAAUGCCAACCAUCUGAAACGAGUGGUGAUAUUAGUUUCGCAACAGCCACAUAUAUCAACAAAAUUUUUUCUGCAAAAGCUAGAGGAAUAUGGGCGUCGAAAUAAGUUGCAUGAAAAUCGAGAAUCUGAACAGUUUUUUAAAUUGGUGGAAGCCGCAUGCCUGUUGGAUUUCAACAAGCUAUCAAAAGCAGAUUAUGAGUCGGGACCUGCACAAUCAUAUUUGUUUAACAAAAAGUAACCAAAUUAUUAGAUGUUAAUUUAAAAAACCUAUUAGCCGUUAGAUUCGUUUUACAUAAUAUCAUUAUAUGUAUGUACAUAUAUUGUAGAUAAUGCGUAAUAGGUUUAUAAUUGAAAUUUCAAUCCAAAAUGAAAUAUUUAAAUCGGCCAAAUUAAAUUGGACCUUAUGGUCUGCAAAAACA